GCAGACGGACUGCGGCGCGGUCAUGAUGCGGCCGCUCAUCGCGUUUCUCGUGCUGUGGAUGCACCGUCAGAUGUGCAGAUGUGAGUUUGAGCUCACUCUUCUCCACACCAAUGAUGUCCACGCGCGCGUGGAGGAGACGAACAGAGACUCCGGCAAAUGCAACAGCAAUACUUCGUGUUUCGCAGGAGUUGCACGAAGACACACGAAGGUCCAAGAAAUUCGGCGCGCGGAGAAGAACGUGCUGCUGCUGGACGCGGGCGAUCAGUUUCAGGGCACCGUCUGGUUUAACUAUUACAAAGGCGCAGAAGCGGCACAUUUCAUGAAUAAACUCGGAUACGAUGCCAUGGCCAUAGGAAAUCAUGAGUUUGACAACGGUGUGGACGGCCUUGUGAACCCUUUCCUCCAGAAAGUGAACUUCAGUGUUCUCAGCGCGAAUAUCAAAGCUGAUAAAACAACGGCUCCUCGCAUCAUCUACCUUCCGCAUAAGAUCUUCCCUCUUAACUCAGAGAAAGUGGGUGUCGUUGGGUACACAUCAGUGGAGACCCCCGCUCUGUCUUUACCGGGUCCUGGUCUUGUGUUUGAGGAUGAAGUCGCUGCUCUUCAGACGGAAGUGGAUAAACUCACAACGCUGGGCGUUAAUAAGAUCAUUGCUCUCGGACAUUCUGGAUUUGAAGCGGACCUAAAGAUCGCAAAGCAGGUUCGAGGCGUGGAUGUCGUGAUUGGAGGACACACCAAUACUUUCUUGUACACAGGAACUCCUCCCUCCAGUGAGGUUCCUGCGGGUUCGUACCCGUUCAUGGUGAAAUCAGACGACGGGCGUCAGGUUCCAGUGGUCCAGGCCUAUGCCUUUGGAAAGUAUCUUGGAUAUCUAAAAGUGACAUUUGAUUCCAAUGGAAAUGUAGUGAAGACUUCAGGCAACCCAAUUCUUCUGAACAGCUCUAUAGCACCAGAUCCGGUCAUUCAGGCUGAAGUGAAUUCCUGGAAGAAGAAUCUGGCCAAUUACUCUUCUCAAUAUGUAGGACAAACCCUUGUGUAUCUCAACGGGACUUUCGAGGAGUGUCGAUUUCGGGAAUGUAAUUUGGGAAACUUGAUCUGUGACGCCAUGGUCCAUACCAACAUCAAAUACGCCGAUGAAAAGCAGUGGAAUCACGUCAGUUCUUGUAUUCUCAACAGCGGUUCCAUUCGGUCGCCAAUAGACGAGAGAAACAGAAAUGGUUCAAUCACAAUGGAAGAUCUGAUCUCUGUGUUUCCGUUCGGAGGAACGUUUGAUCUGGUACAGCUGAACGGAUCUGCACUGAAAGAGGUUUUCGAGCAUUCGGUCAGCAGGUAUGGAGAAAGCACUGGACGCUUCCUACAGGUCUCAGGUUUUCAGGUGGUGUACGAUUCAUCCAAACCGUCAGGACAGCGUGUUAAAAGUGUGAAUGUGCUGUGCACCGGCUGUCGAGUUCCCCGAUAUGAGUCGCUCGACCCCAAGAAGAUUUAUAAACUGGUGUUGCCCUCUUAUCUGGUGAAUGGAGGAGACAACUACACCAUGAUCAAAGAACAGAAACUCAAACACGACAGCGGUGAUCUGGAUAUAGCAGUUAUCGCCAGUUACAUCGCAGAGAGAAAGAGAGUUCAUCCGGCGGUGGAGGGACGAAUUCAGUUUGUCAGUUCUGCGGUUGGACGGCGAGGAUCUCUCCUGCUGCUGAUGUGGUCCUUCUGUCUCAUGUUCCUCUAUUAAACUAGUCCUCUUUUGGUGAAUAAGCUUGUGAAACGACAUGGAUGUGUAGCCAUAAAUAAUCCAAAGUGUAAUUAGCGUCAUAGAAAGAGACAUUUAUAAUAAACACUGUGAUGAUUAACUAAACUUUAGUGAGGAUAUAAGAACAACAUCGCUCAUUUAAUUCAUGUUAUAUUUAGGGGAUACAUCUGUGUGCACACCAGAAGUGAAUUGAAUUAUUUGCGCAAGUAGAUGACACGCUGUACAAAGUCAAUACAAAGGCGUGAAUUGGGAGACGCGAUUGCCACAAACCUGCAAUAUUCACCUCAAUCGCAUCUUCCGCACAAGUUAAGCACAAAAACUCACGCAAAGAGCAUAUUGACAUUCCCUGUCGCGCUAGGUUUUCUCGUGCGAGUAAUCUUGAGGGAUGAGCGCGAUGCUUCGCUUUCGGUGUGUACAACCCAUUAGGGAAUGAUUUUAUCUACAAGUCUUUUUAUAGAGUUCUACAAUAUCCUUAAAGCAUGUUUUGAAUAAAUGCAUAGGUUCAGUAAGAGUCCAGUGUUUAUGAUGGGGGACAUUUUUACAAUGUGAUAUUUUUUGAUUUCUGUUUUUCUAUGCUCAAAUGUUUGGCUAAUAAA